GAAAUGAAAAUGAAAGUGAUGAUAAUAAAGAAAAUGAAAUUGAAAAUGAUACAGAAAGUGAUAAUUCAGAUUCUAUUGAAUCUGAAGAUAAGGAAAGUAACUCAGAAUCUGAAUUUGAAAGUGAUAGUGAUUAUAAUAAAGAUAUUUUAGAUGAAAUUCCCGUAAUGAUGGGAGAUUCAUUAGUUAAAACUAAAUUGAAUAUUGAUACUUUAAGACUUAAUACUUAUUGCAUAAUCCUUUAA